AAUUUUAUGUAUGAAUUGGUAUUAAUGAUGACGUAACGAGAAAACGAGAGCCCUGAUGGAGUGAGAGAAGAGAGAGAUGUUGUGCAUACCCAGCUGCAGCCGAUUCAUUUCCUGCUCCCAACACAACCACAGCCUUCGUUUUGGUCUUCACCUUCACAAACACCCACUCACGUUGAGCUUCAUCCACUGUGGGUCCCACCACCAUCAAAUGUCAACGUCGUCCUUCGACUUCGACUUCCUCGCCAAAAAGCCUUACACUCCCCCUUCUUGGGCCUCCCACCUCAACCCUUUACCCUCUCAUGUCUUCUCUCUUGCCCAUCGUCCUACGCCAAUUCACAGAUGGAACCUCCCCAAUUUGCCACCAAAUACCGAACUCUGGCUCAAGCGGGACGACCUUUCAGGAAUGCAACUGAGUGGAAACAAGGUCAGGAAACUGGAAUUCUUGAUGGCAGAUGCUGUGUCGCAAGGCGCUGACUGCAUAAUCACGAUUGGAGGCAUUCAGAGCAACCACUGCCGCGCCACUGCGGUGGCGGCCAAAUACUUAAACCUUGAUUGUUAUCUUAUACUCCGCACUUCUAAGGCCCUUGUCGACCAAGACCCAGGAUUGGUAGGCAAUCUCCUGGUUGAGCGUUUGGUAGGAGCACAUGUUGAACUUAUAUCAAAAGAAGAGUAUGGAAGAAUUGGAAGUGUGACACUCACCAAUGUUCUAAAAGAGAAGUUGAUAAAGGAAGGGAGAAAGCCAUAUAUUAUUCCCGUUGGUGGAUCAAACUCUUUAGCAACAUGGGGAUAUAUAGAGGCAAUUCGGGAAAUUGAGCAGCAAAUUCAAAGUGAGGCAAAUGAUAUCAAGUUUGAUGAUAUUGUUGUAGCUUGUGGCAGUGGAGGCACAAUUGCUGGUCUAUCAUUGGGGUCAUCAUUGAGUACAUUGAAAGCAAGAGUACAUGCAUUUUCUGUCUGCGAUGAUCCAGAUUACUUCCACAACUUUGUCCAAGGCUUGCUUGAUGGACUGAAUGCUGGUGUCAACUCAAGAGAUAUUGUUGACAUACUAAACGCCAAGGGUCUUGGUUAUGCAUUGAACACCUCUGAGGAGCUUAAUUUUGUAAGAGAAAUUGCUGCAGCUACUGGUGUUGUUCUAGACCCGGUAUACAGUGGGAAGGCUGCAUAUGGAUUGCUGAAAGAUAUGUCUGAGAAUUCAAAGAAAUGGGAAGGGAGGAAGAUCCUCUUCAUUCACACCGGCGGCCUCCUUGGAUUGUACGACAAGGUCGAUCAGAUGGCUUCUUUGGUGGGCAAUUGGCGUCGAAUGGAUGUUGCUGAAUCUGUUCCUAGGCAGGAUGGUAUUGGGAAAAUGUUCUAGAAAAAAGAAAAUUAGAAAAACUAGGAUUGCUUUCAUUGGAUUUGGAUUCUCUAAAUUUUGAAUUUCACUUUAAAAGGUAAAGUGUGAUUUCUUACCAUUUAUUUUAUAGGUGGGAUCAAGAAAAAAUAUGAGAGUGAAAUCAUUUAAGGGUGAGAAAUCACAUUUUACUCUCUAAAGUGAAAAUUCAAAAUUUAGAGGAUCCAAAUUCGCUUUCAUUAUUUUUUUUGUAAUAACUGUAUUGCGCACACUGAAAGCUGCCAUACGGUAUAAUAACGUUCUCCAAAACAGUGUCAAUAUUACCAAUGAUCAUGAUUCUUGUAAUCAUGUGUGCUGUUCUUUAGAUUGGAGUUUGGAAUGUACCACUUAAAUGCCUCAAUAUAGCAAUGUAUUGUUUCUGUUUUGUUUGUAACA